UGUCAUCACUGUCUCCUUCUUCACUCCACUUUCUCUCUCUACUUUCUCUCUCUUCCGCCAAAAAUCCCUGCAAAACCUCGAGCAGCACCGCCAUCGCUUGCGGCAGCAGCAGCAGCAGACGCGCGCCACAUGUCCUGACCCGACCCGACCCGACCCGACCCGCGAUCGCCGACGCCAUGCUCCACCUCGCCCUCCUCGCGCUCCUCCUCCUCGUCUCGUUCCUCGACUCCCUCGCCGCCACGUCCAUCUACCAAGUCCUCAAGUCCCACGGCCUCCCGAUGGGGCUGCUCCCCAAGGGGGUGACGGGCUUCAGGAUCGACCCCGACGGGCAGUUCGAGGUGUACCUGGAUCGGGCCUGCAACGCCAAGUUCGAGAGCGAGCUGCACUACGACCGGAACGUCUCCGGGACGCUGAGCUACGGCCAGAUCGGCGCCCUCUCCGGGAUCACCGCGCAGGAGCUGUUCCUGUGGUUCCCCGUCAAGGGGAUCAGGGUCGACAUCCCCAGCUCCGGCCUCAUCUACUUCGACGUCGGGGUGGUCUCCAAGCAGUUCUCGCUGUCGCUUUUCGAGACGCCGCCGGAUUGCACCGCGGUGAGGGCGGAGGAGAUGGGCGGUUUCCGCGACGGGGAGCUGAUCGCCGAGGCCGUUUCCGAGGGUCAAUCGGGGAAGCUGCGAUAUCAACUUGAUCAGGGGCAUUUUGCGAGGGAAGUUCUGUAAGCGUGAAAAGAGAAUGUGAUCAUCGAAGAUGUGAGAUAGCUCAGCUCCAGGAUUGCUCGAAUCCCAAUUCCCCUGUAUAUGCAAUACGGCGAGUUUGGUUUUUAGGAGGUCCUGCACUUUAAUUCAGUCAGUGUGCUUGCUGCUUGCUUUUUCCUUCGAAUAGUGCGGAGUGUGCAUGUUACAUGGCCUAGCUCCAGUCUAAAGAAUGAUGGCGGAUGAUUGAGAGGAAAAGUAGUUCAGGUGCCAACUCCAUAAUAACCAGUGUCCCACCAAGGAAAAGAUAAAGGGAGACUGGAGCACCGAGUGAGAUUAUUUCAGGUGAAAAGGCUCUGCGAAAGUUCAUUUUGUUUGUUUAAUUUGUUGAGUUAUCGGUAUAGUCAUGAUCGAUACCUUGAGGUCUCUUCUUAUAGUAUAAGCAUUUUAUUAAAGACACAUGCCUCCCUAGCGGAAGAAAUUAAAAUAAGAAUCUCUGUCCAGUCUCAUUAUUUUCAAAAUUCAGCUCAUCCGUUGCAAUACCCGUUCCCCAUUUUCCUUAAUUGAUACAUGAAUUUGUGGAAUUGUGUUCUUGAGUUCUCGCUGCUGUAUGAUCUUUAGAGGAUAUCAUGGUAAACUCUGCAAUGCCAUGUGAGAUCUCUAUUAAGUGACUCGUGUUCACAUUCUUAUGCUCAGGUGAAAACUCUAGUCGGAGUUUCAAAUAUGGGAGAGUUUUGAGCAAAGGUUUUUUGAAGGGGUGAUUGUGAGUGUAUAUCUCUCGUGUAGAUUUUCUUGUUAGCGUCUUUUCUCUUAAAAAAAAAAAGAUGAAAAAACUGGUUUCAGGUCUGCAACUGGAUGAGAAAACAGCAGUCAAACUACAAUCCAUCGGUAUCUUGUAUUGUACAGUGGUGCAGCUUCUUAUCUGCAAAUUUGAUAUUUUUGUAACAUUCUUCUCCAGCUGAGUUACCUCUGUAUUGGGGUACUACACGUUGGAUUAUGUUGCCACUAAAUCUUUUCUGGACUUCAGUUUCAGACAUUUUUUCAAUUGCUAUGUGCUUCCUCCAUCACUCUCUUUUCUGGACAUUUUUCCUCAGUUUUUGCUCUGUAACAAAAGAUAUAUGAGGAGAAUCUUAUCAGACUGAAGACGAGACAAAUUGAAGACUUUUAUUCUGGAUGAGUGCUGAAUAAAUUUGGAUGACUAUUAUGUCCUAGUAGAUAUAGUGUUUCUUCAUUCCAAAGGUAAAAGAUCCACCUGCAGUUAUUGGAAGACCUUCUGGAACUCGGCAAACCUUUGCGUCAACUUUCCCUAACUGUGUCCAGGGAUCUUAAAAUUGUAGUAGUUGAUAAGUCCUGUGUAAUUCCCCCUAAAUAUUUGAGUGAUCAGUCUCAGGUGAUAUAUAGGGGACACCCGUGGACACAUAAUUAACAAUGUUAUAUAUUUCUGUGAA